ACUUACCCAUGCUUCACGCUGCCAGACCGUAAACACAGGUUACCAUCAGUUUAACAGAAGAAUUGGCGAUGUGGUGGUGUUUUUGUUGAGGCUCACAUAAGCACCGACAUGAAGAACAGAAGUGGUGGCUGUCUGGACAGUCGUCUCAGACAGAGAGUGGAGCAGUAUUUGGCGACCUGCACCAGUGAAUAUGUGGACCUUUCAGCCAUGGCCCUGGAACUUCAAAAACUGUACAGAAUGGAGUAUGGCAGAAGAAACAGGACAGCCUUCAGGAUUCAAGUAGAGAAAGUGUACGAAGCAAUCAUGAAGGAGUCUGGGCUGAAUGAUCUGGAGAGCAAACACUUGGCUAAGAGAGCCAAGCACAGCCACAAUGACACCGGGGAUGGCAGCAGCAGCUCAGAGGAGUCCUCUGACAGUGAUGACCCCAUUCUGGAGAACACUGUAAGAAAUAAUCCCACCAACCACAUGAACAGCUCUCUUACAUCCUUGUACCGGAAGGGCCACCCUGACUCUGGCACCUGCUCACCCAGGAGAGAUCAGCCUGCUGCCAGCAGUCCUGCCAGCACAGCCAACCUCCCUCCCAGUGCAGGGACACUGGUCUCCACAGGAGGCUGGUUCAUCGACCGAGGCAGAGGCCCCGAGAAGAGCAGCAUCCUCAUCGACCUGUGUGAAGAGGAGCCAACGAAUACAAUGUCCAGUCAGACGGAUGUGUCCAUGCUGGAACCUAAGAAAUCUGCCAAAAAGUCCAAAAAAAGGAGGAAGACCUCCACUGAAACUACUGAAUCUCGCAGCCAGAAUAAGAAAGUAAAGUCACCAGAGCUGCAGUAUCCCACUUUGAAGUUUGAAGAUGUAGGAGGUAAUGAAGAGACGCUAACGGAGGUGUGUAAGCUGCUGAUCCACAUGCGUCACCCAGAGGUAUACCAGCAGCUGGGAAUGGUUCCUCCGAGGGGCUUCCUUCUCCACGGACCUCCUGGCUGUGGAAAGACCCUGCUGGCCCAGGCUGUGGCUGGGGAGAUGCAGCUGCCCAUGUUGAAGGUGUCUGCUCCGGAGCUGGUGUCUGGAGUGUCCGGGGAGUCUGAACAGAAGCUCAGAGAGCUGUUUGACCUGGCUGUGAGCUCCUCCCCAUGUAUCCUGUUCAUAGAUGAGAUAGACGCCAUCACACCGAAGAGAGAAGUGGCUUCUAAAGACAUGGAGAGGAGGAUUGUAGCCCAGCUGCUAACUUGCAUGGACGACUUGAACAGUCUGACAGAGACGGCUCAGGUCCUGGUCAUCGGCGCCACCAACAGGCCAGACUCCCUGGACCCGGCCCUCCGCCGAGCCGGGCGCUUCGACAGAGAGAUCUGCCUGGGUAUCCCUGAUGAAGCAGCUCGUCUCAGGAUCUUGAAGACGUUGUGUCGAAAGCUGAAGCUGCCGGAGGACUUUGACUACCAGCAGCUGGCCCGGCUCACCCCCGGCUACGUGGGUGCAGACCUCAUGGCUCUGUGCCGCGAAGCUGCCAUGAGUGCUGUCCACAGGGUUCUGCUGGAGAUAAGAGGACAAAGCCGGAGCGCCACUGAAGAGCUGUUAACAAGCAGAGAUCUGGCUGAGGCUGCUGCGAGCGACGGAGAGGUCCGAGAGCAACAGACAAACGACACAGACCCAGUACCUGAGGAAGAGUCAGGACAGGAUCCCCUGCAGGGGGAGCUCUGGCACCUGCUGCAUUUGCUGAAAAGCACCGAGACACUGUCGGAGGAAGAGCUGGCCGGCCUGUGCAUCCUCAUGUCAGACUUCAAGGCCUCUCUGGCCAGUAUCCAGCCUUCAGCCAAGAGGGAGGGCUUCGCCACCGUGCCCGAUGUCACCUGGGAGGAUGUGGGAGCCCUGCAGGACAUCAGAGAGGAGCUCACCAUGGCCAUACUGGCCCCGGUGCGGUCUCCAGAGCAGUUCAGAGCUCUGGGGCUCAGUGCUCCAUCUGGUGUGCUGCUGGCUGGACCUCCAGGAUGUGGAAAAACACUGCUGGCCAAGGCAGUGGCCAAUGAGUCAGGCCUCAACUUCAUAUCUGUCAAGGGUCCAGAGCUGCUCAACAUGUAUGUGGGAGAAAGUGAGCGCGCCGUCAGACAGGUAUUUCAGAGAGGACGCAACUCUGCUCCUUGUGUCAUAUUCUUUGAUGAGAUCGAUGCUCUGUGUCCUCGGCGCUCAGGCCAUGAGUCAGGAGCCAGUGUGCGGGUGGUCAACCAGUUGCUCACAGAGAUGGACGGCUUAGAGACUCGACGGCAGGUCUUCAUCAUGGCUGCAACCAACAGACCAGAUAUCAUCGACCCUGCAAUCCUGAGGCCAGGUCGUCUAGAUAAAACCUUGUAUGUGGGUCUGCCACCUCCUGCAGACCGCCAUGCCAUCCUGCUUACCAUUACUAAGGGAGGUACCAAACCUCAGCUGGAGCACGAUGUCUGCCUUGAAGAGGUCGCCUUCGACGAGCGCUGUGAUUGCUUCAGUGGUGCUGACAUCACUGCUUUAGUGAGGGAAGCAUCUGUUAAUGCCCUGAGGAUCUACCUGAAGUCCCAGCCUUCCUCUGGUAACUUUAAUCCUACCUCUGGUCACACAUACUCCUCUGGCUCUGUCGCUGACAUCAGAGUGAGCAAACAGAACUUUGAUGAUGCCUUCAAGAAAGUUCGACCAUCUGUGUCCAAAAAGGACCAGAGGAUGUACGAGCAGCUGAGAGAGUCCCUCAGCAGAUAACUACGAGACCGGAGCCUCAGACGACUUUAGUUAUAAUUGUAGUUAUAAAAUUAGGAAUAAUUGUGUAAUGUAUAUAUACACAUUUUAUUAUGGUUGAAUCAUAAUACUGAUUCCUGCUUUUAUAAUAAAAAUGGUGUG